GUUACACUGAUCGAACCACACGUGCAACCAGAACGGCAUUAGAAGAAAUAAACAAACACAAAAAUGGUGCGCAAACUAAAAUUUCACGAGCAAAAGUUGCUUAAAAAGGUUGAUUUUAUUACCUGGAAAGUCGACAACAGCAGCAGGGAGAAUAAAAUCCUGCGACGCUAUCAUAUACAAAAGCGUGAGGACUACACAAAAUACAAUAAAUUGUCGCGUGAAAUUCGAGAACUUACUGAGAAAAUAGCCAGACUAGAUGCAACAGAUCCCUUCAAAUCAGAGGCCACCGAUAUGCUGAUGCACAAACUGCAUGCAAUGGGUGUUGCCAACGACAAUCUCACCUUGGAGAGCGCCAGCAAAACAUCUGCGAGUCACUUUUGUAGGCGACGAUUGCCGGUGGUGAUGGUUAAACUAAGAAUGUCGGAGGGUCUUAAGCAUGCCACAGGCCUCAUUGAGCAGGGUCAUGUUCGCGUUGGACCUGAGGUGGUUAAGGAUCCCGCCUUUCUUGUCUCCCGCAACUUGGAAGAUUUUGUCACAUGGGUCGAUGGUUCCAAGAUUAAGCAGCAUGUGCAGCAAUACAAUGAUCUGCGUGAUGAUUUCCAAAUGUAAUAGACUUUAAUACAACUACCACUUAUUUUAGUACAAUAAUAUAAAUGUUUAUGUACAUAAUAACAGUUGUUUUUCUAAAGAUGGGAACUUCCACUUAAAUCGUUUCGACUGAUCUUGCAUUGUAGAAAAACCAAUUAAUUUGCAUUUUGUUAAAUUUUAAUAACUUUAUUACAUUUCAUAUAAUAAUGUUUAGAUCGCAUUAAUAUUAUUCAUUUAUGCUGGAGCCUAUCGCGCCAAGGGCGCAGUUGGGCCGACACACAUAUACUUGUAGAUAUAUAUAUAUUUAUAUAGUAUAUGGUACAUACAUAUAUAAACUUGUUAAUCAACUUUCCCUAGUACUUUCUCCACUCUUUCGCUAAUGCCUUUUAAGAAUGGCCGCACUUAGCUCUGCUGCCUUAUUAGUUUCGUCACUUACAAUGUUAAUUAGCUCUUUCUUUCACAAUACGUAUUACAAUAAUGUAUAGAUACAUAUAAAACAUAUGAUGUUAAAAAGGCAUUUCCAAAAUUAAUAUCAUUAUCUCGAAAAAAACAGCCAGUAAAUUAAUUUAACGCAAUACGGAAAUGAGUUAAAAAUUAAGAGAAUUAUGUUUAUUCAUAUUAAAUAGCAGAAAAACAAGAUUUCGUGCACGGUUGAGCGGGGGGUGUAAAUAGAUUUUGUAAACGGAAAACAGAGGCAAUUCAUAAUUUCUAUAUUUACUCGAUGGCAGUUAAGACGCGCGCGUACAGGUUUUCAAGUAGUAUCUAUUAUCCAGGAGCCCAACCCAAACCCGAAGAAGAUUAAAUAAUAUUUAAAAUACAUUUCGCAAAAAUGACUUAAGAGAGAA